AUGGUUCAAUCGCUGGCGAUAUGUCAGGACACCUAUGUGGAAAUCAAAUGCACCACUUACGGAGUCGAAGAAUCCAUCGUGGUGCUGGACGCUCAACUUGUUAUGCAGGUGGACACCAAGGUUUGCCCCAAGAUCGUUGAACCACCGAGUUCAGCAGGCGUGUGCCCCAGUCGGCUGGAUGUGACAGCAGGACUGAUGGGGAUGUGCGGCAGGGAGCGGACCUGUUCUGUCAUGCCCGACGCUAGUAUGUUGCCACCAGGAUAUCCUUCUCUCUGUGCUCGUCGACACUUGGAACUCAGCUAUGCUUGUGUGUGUCAGAAACGGGGAUCUAAAACUGCUUCCUGA